AUGAAGCCUUUGCGGCCUUUUCCUUUCCCUUUGAAUAUCGGGACCGACAUUUGCCAAAUAUCCCGUAUCUAUCAUAUACUGUCAGGUCCGCAGGCUCUACGCCUUGUAAACAAAGUCUUAGCCCCUGAAGAGCUAGCAAAGAAAGAUGCACGGUUAAAUGUACUCGACCAGGCGGCAGCGCGCAGGGUUCUAUCACGACGUGCCACAAGCAAAGCCAGUGAAAGCCUCCAGCCGCACGAACGCAUCGCAUCAAAGGAUCCUGAGCUGUGGAAAUGUGCUGCCUUCAUAGCAGGAAGAUUUGCUGUAAAGGAGGCUGCCAUUAAAGCACACCCACACCGUCAUUUGACGUUUCACGAUAUCAUGAUUGAGCGACGGCUUGUGAAGGGCGAGGUAUUGGGUAGUGGCCCGCCAAUUGCGCGUAUACGGGGCGCCGAAGGAGAAGCAGAAGAUACCACUGCAAUGGUGUCUAUAAGCCACGAUGGAGAUUAUGCAACAGCUGUGUGCUUGGGUUUUGAGCCAUGUAAUAAGAAUAAAAGACGUAGAGACUUAUAG